AUGGAUAAUAAGUUCUAUGUAGUCGCUUUUAAAAGUCUACCAAACGAAUCUUACUAUAUUGUUGCAGCGAAGCCGGCAUUUCCACCUCUUUCUGUUCAAGAGUUUUUGUCAUUUUAUUUGGAACACAAGGAUAAAAUCAGCUCAGACAUUGUAAAGCAAUUUAAAAGUAUUUCAUUGGAACAUUUACAUGAACAUAAAGUUGGAUCAAUGCCUAAAAAUAAAGAAAAAAAUCGUUACUCGAACGUCACAGCGUACGACCAUACUCGCGUUGUCUUGCAGAAAAUUACUGGUAAAGGGACUAGUGAUUACAUUAAUGCAAACUAUAUUCAGAACUAUAAUGGACAAGUUGAUUAUAUUGCUGCUCAAGGACCAAAAAAGGGAACAAUUUUUGAUUUCUGGCGAAUGGUGCUUGGUGAAAAACCUGCAGCUAUUGUCAUGCUUACAAAGAUAUCAGAAGAGGGCAAACGAAAGUGUGAGCAGUAUUGGCCAAUAAAUAAUGGAAAAGAGGUUUAUAAUGGCAUUGAAGUGGAAGUGAUUGACGUACAAGUACAUGCUGACUAUGUAAUUCGUAAAAUAAAAGUGUGUUACGAAAAUAAUAAGCAUCAGAUUACGCAUUUUCACUUUACGUCGUGGCCUGACCACGGUUGUCCAGACUACCCCACGUUGCUGCUAAAUUUCUGCUAUCGGGUGAGACAGCUUAUCCCAUAUGAAAGUGGGAAGCAACUUCUUGUGCAUUGUAGUGCUGGUGUUGGUAGGACUGGAUCAUACAUCAUCAUUGAUGCAAUGCUGCACUUGGUUAGAACAAAGCAGCUUGUUGAUAUAUACAACAACUUUGAAAGUAUUCGAGAAGAUCGCGUACAAAUGGUGCAAAGAAUUGAACAGUAUAAAUUUGUUUACAGUGUCAUUUACGAAGCACUGUGUUGUGGUUACACUGGAAUAAUGUCAUCAGAAUUUCAAAGCACUUUCCGAGAAUUAAUAUAAAAAAAAUGGAAUGUUCCUUCUGGAAAAUGAAUUUGAGAGGUUAAACAGCGUUAAUAUACCUUUUGGUCAAGAAAAUUAUAAAGCUGCUUUGUUAGAGGAAAAUGUAGCGAAAAACCGAUAUCCAAAUAUACUAGCAAGGGACUUUUUUCGUGCAUAUGUGCCUCAAACCACAAAUUCUACCGAUUAUAUCAACGCUGUCUUUGUUAAUGGUUACAAAAAGAAAGAUGGUAUAAUUGCUACGCAAGCACCAUUAGUUGAAACAUUGGAGGAUUUUUAGGAGGCUAUCAUGGCAAACAAUGUGACUACGAUUGUGGUGUUAUUAGCACUGACGAGAAUUAUCAUAACUAUAUAUCCUUUUGUCCAGUUGAGGGAUCAGAAGAGUUUGGUAAUCUUACAGUAAAUGUUGAAUCAAGCACUCGUGUUGGUGAUAUCAAUGUGCAGUCCUUCAUUAUAUCAAACAAAACGAAUCAUCGCAAAGUUAAUAAAUUGCAAUUAAAUUGGCCAAACCAUGAUAUUCCUGAUUGUAGUUCUUUGCUCACUUUAAUUGGUGAAGUUUUAAAGUCGCAUAUGGAGAUGGCACCAUAUUGGUUACCUGCAGUGAUGGUGCAAAUCGUAGUGGAACUUUCAUAGCGUGUAUGAAUGCAUUGGACCAACUGAAAGUUGAACAGCAUGCUGAUGUGUCUCAAACUGUACGAAGAAUGAGAUUAGCAAGACCUGAGUUUGUUGAAAACAUGCGACAGUAUCAGUUCAUUUACACCGUGUUGAAUAAGUACUUGGAUUCAUUUGCAACGUACUCCAACUUUAAUUAAUUCCUAGCGCAACAGAAAGAGACCAAUUAAUUAAUUUGUAAACAUUUACAGCGGAGCGUUACCUUGAUCCCAGAAACAAUAAGAAUACCAUCUAUUUGAUCAAGCGGCCAUAUGACAAACUGUUUUGUAAAGAAACAUGAAAUAUGUAAUUAAUCAUGUGAGACUGGAAUAAGCGCUUCUUUUUUAAUGUAGAAUAUUAGUGCAUUUUGAAUAAUAUUUUGGUGUUUUCAGUUGCAAUUAUUUCUAAUUAAUUAAAAUGUAUUUAAGAUUUUUGUUCAUUUAGGAAGGAUGAAGGAACAGGUUUUGGGAAGUUCUUUAUUCUUAUGUCACAAAAUCAGAAAAUAAUUAAAAAUCCUCACUGCCAUCGUUUGCGGUUCGUUUUACUCAUGCGCAGCUUUUUCUUGUACAUAUCCAUAUAAAACAUUGUUUUUCUCGCCUAUUACAAGAUGUGGAUUUGUAUUGCUGUUUCAAAGUAAAACCGUUUCGUGUUUUUAUGGGUUUUAUCAGAAAAUCGCUGGGCGGUUACCUUAUAGUUUGGUUUUUAUAUUUUCUUUUUUAUUUCUUUUUGUAAGCAAGAACUUUUUACACAUUUUAGUAAUUUUCUACACUUAUAAUCAGUUCGACAUAUUGUGAACAGUAUAUUGUAAACAGUAUAAUAUGUUAGUAAAAUUUGAUGUAACGGUUUGAUGUAAGGUAAAUUAGCAAUUUUAAAUUAGCAAAGCCAUUGAAUCGCUUUUUUAUGUUUGAGGCUAAAUAGCUUGGAAGGGACUACAUGAAAUGAAAUUCAAACCAUAUUCAUAUAGCUCGAUCAACCGUUUGUCCAAAAGGUAUAAAAAUUUUACUGUGCAUCAAUGGGUCAUAGCUGACGUAAUCACAAUUUAAGCAACCAA